AUGCCAUUAUCUAGACGUAACCAGCUUCCUGACACACGUACUCCAGUAUACAUUGACAUUUUACCAGAGUCUAGUUCGCGCUGGGGCUCAUCCUCAUCAUAUUCAUGUGGCUCAUCUUCGACUCUAUACCAGUCCCCCAUUGGGCUCUACCACUCGAACACGCCGUGUCGCAUGAAGGAUAUUGAUCCCACUGUAACUUUCGUCUCGACCUCUGUCGUCAUUGGCAAGUCAUCCUAUAUUAUAUUAUUGGAUGGCGCACCCAUACACAGCGAGGACACGAAACUCGAAUGUAUUGGACCAUAUUUUGCCGGUUCUGUGAACCCACCGGAUGAUAACCCAGUACUCUACGGAACAGCCUUGGUUCCCAGGUAUUGGGAACUCUUGUGCAAAUCCCCAGACCCCACCAUAUACACCAUCCUUCAUGAUGUGUAUCGUCCUGCAGACCCGGCACCUUGUCUGCCAAGGUGCUUAGGCCGUCGACGCCCUGUUCUUAUCUUCUCUGCUAUAUACCACUUUCGGUACUCGGUCCCUGUAUGCACGCCCCCAUCUUCUGUGACACCACGUCGUCCAUACCAAGCUAAUUCACCUUUCAUCGUAAACACGGCUCGUGCUUAUCACAAUUCACUGGAGCCCAUCUGUCCGCAAAGACACCCUAUACAUUCGUACCUCUCAAAUCACGAGAGCCUUCAGUCGCACGAAGACAGCUCACAAAAUUCGCUGAAUGAACAAUCCAUACUGGACGUCGGCUCAGAUGACGGCGGCUUGAUGGGCAACUUGCCCGAGGCGAUAUUCAAGGGAAUGAUGCCACAGUCGUCGGCUUCAGGCUUCCCGCAGGACAUUCAUAAUUAUGUGAGUAAACGAUUGGACGAGAAAUUCCGCUCUUCACAUCUCCAUCAGAUCAUGUAG